AUGUCUAUGUCUAAUAAAUCAACUGUUUACAAACGAGCAAUGUUACUGAUCGCAUCGUACCUUCCCCAAAGAUUUCGUCCUAUAUUUUUACAUCCUGCAGGACCUACAACAAUAUUUUUCUGGGCUCCAACUUUUAAAUGGGGUUUAGUAAUCGCAAAUGUAGGAGAUAUUAAUCGUCCUGUAGAAACGAUCUCUCUUAGUCAAACCGCUAGUCUUAUGCUAACAAGCGCAAUAUGGUCAAGAUACUCGUUGGUAAUUAAACCAAAGAAUUAUAAUUUGUUUAGUGUGAAUGCUUUCACAUGUGCCACAAGUAAAUACCUUUUUGCUAGAGCUUUAUUACAUCGUAUGGAGCAAAAGAAACAAAAAUGA